UCUGGACUCUGUUCAGCUAAACUUUCAGAGGGGGUUUCUUUUGGGGUGGCUUGAUGAUGAGGCUCCAGCAGCAGGGCUGCAGUGUGGCUUAGGAAGGCUCCUGCUAGGGGGAGGUGGAGGAGGUGUGCUUCCUGCAUUCUUCUCAUAACAUACUCACACAAUCCCAGCGGGGAGCCACGCUGUGGGGGGAGACAGAGUCAGUCGGAAGAAGGAAAAGGGAAGAGAGAAGCUGCUUUGCUGGGGCUUGAUCUCUUUUUGCAGGAUAUUCUCCUGCAUGAAUGGGAGACCCGUCCCUGAGGUCUGGGGAGCUCAGGAACCUGAUUUUGCGCAAGGCAAAUUUUUUAAAAAGAAAUACUUCGUGUGGGAGAGCAAGCCACUGAGAUCAGUAACUUUCCUGCGAGGCCGGAAUGCAGUGGUUGGAUGGCCGCUUUUCCCUCCCUGGGCAGAGGGGGACUGGAGUUUCCUGUGCAGUUCUGGGAUUGACAAGCAGAAUUUGUAUUUAGCAAAUUGCACUGGGACGGAGGAAACUUUUAAAGUUCUGUUCCCCUUUUUGCCAUUUUUUAUAAGCCACAUUCUUUCUUCCAGGAAAACCAGGCACGUCAGAUCUGACUGCAGUUGGAUUUUUUUAUACAUCGAUCUCGAUUGCUUGUAUUAAAAAAAGUCGAGCAUAAAUUCGGCCCAUAGAAUCCCCCGCAAAGCACACUAUUAGUUUUGCAAUUUAAAAAAAGUCUACCCCCCUCCCGCCUGUUUUAUCGACAUUGAGAAUGAAGGAAGGAUUUGCAGUGAAAGCUCGCUGAAGUGCAACAUCUCUGCCUCUGCCUGUGAAGCCAGCCUGUUGCGUCGUGUACUGCAGCCACCGUCCCUCCUGAAUCCAGUGUUUUGCCCUUUACUCCCUGGGUAAAAGGAGCACAAAGAGAAAAUACUAUUGGCAGCAAGGCGUCCUUUGUGGAGCUGACCCAAAAAGCUACAAGAGUCCAGUCAGUUUGGAAAAAAAGAAGAAAAUCCUUUUGUCUCCAGCUCAAAAGUAGAAUUUUUUGAGGAGUGAAGAGAGCAUUAAGUGAUCCCAAUUACUGAAGGGACUGAAACCAUUUCUGAGUGGAGAUUUUGGACUUGCAGGCGGAAGGCCAGGUGUCCCCUCAUGUAUCAGAACUGCUCCUCCUGACUGAGGAAAUCAAAGUGACAGAAAUAAGGUCAACAGCAGCUUUUGCAUUCCACCCCAAAGGCACCACAGUUUGAGAUGAGGAAUUCAGAAGAGCAAACAGCUACGACAGUUUUACAGCGUCUGCUGCAGGAGCAGCUCCGAUACGGAAACCCAAAUGACAACCGCAACCUCCUUGCCUUACAUCAACAAGCCACAGGAAAUGCACCCCCUUUCAACAGCAGUGGGAGUCCAGGGUCUCAGAACGAAGGGCUGAGCACCCAGGACCAUCAGCUUGUGACUCAUGCUGCCCGCCAGGAGCCCCAGGGCCAGGAGAUUCAAGUGGACAAUAGCAUCAUGGAGAAGCAGCUCUCUCCAAGACUUCAGAACAGUGAAGACCUCCCAACGUACGAAGAAGCCAAAGUCCAGUCACAGUAUUUCAGGGGCCAGCCGCAUGCUAGCGUUGGGGCAGCGUUUUAUGUGACGGGGGUAACCAAUCAAAAGAUGAGGACUGAAGGGCGGCCUACAGUUCAGCGAGUGAACCCUGGGAAAGUCCAUCAGGAUGAAGGACUUAAGGACCUCAAGCAGGGACAUGUUCGCUCUCUUAGUGAGAGGCUGAUGCAGCUGUCGUUGGCCACUAGUGGUGUGAAGGCUCACGCACCCGUCACGAGUGCUCCACUUUCCCCCCAGCAGCCAAAUGACCUUUACAAAAACUCCAGUUCCAAUGAUUUCUAUAAAAACUCAGUGCCCACGCCUCCCCAGGCUAAUAUAAAAGUGAUAGAGCACCGGGGCCCUCCGCCAGAGUACCCUUACAAAAACAUGUCCACCCCACCCAUGAACUGCAAACCUCAGGACCCUGGACAUUUCUAUGGUGAUCAUCGCAUGAGCCAGCAGAAUAGAUCUGAUGGGCCUAUGAUGAGAUAUCAGCAUCCUCCUGAGUAUGGGUCAGUCAGGCAAAACCCUGAUCUACACCUGCAGUUACAGCAGAGGCCCCCUCACCAUCACAGCCCAACUUCCUCCUUAACGUCCUUGGGAUCUUUGACCUUACUGCAGUCUCCACCACCAUCCAGAUUGUCUCCUUCGCAGCAUCAGCAAUCCCUGACUCCAAAUCAGGGAGACCCAUGCUUUCUACCGCGGACCCAGCAGCUGUUCCUGUCAAACCAGGUCCAUCAGGGAGAUUUCUACCGACUAUGCCAGCCCGGUCUAGGCCAGCAGCACCAGCAGCAAGGAGAUUCCUACACGUUAAUGCCAAGAGCUCAGCAGAUACCAUCUCCUUAUCAGCAGAUGCAAGUAGAUCCUUUUGCUAUUGUUUCCAGGGCCCAGCAAAUGGUGGAGAUCCUGUCAGAGGAGAACAGAUCCUUACGACAGGAGUUGGAUGGGUGCUAUGAGAAAGUCGCAAGGUUACAGAAGCUGGAAACAGAAAUUCAGCAAGUUUCCGAAGCAUAUAAAAACCUGGAGAAGUCCUCCUCUAAGCGGGAUGCCCUGGAAAAGGCUAUGAGAAAUAAGCUGGAAGGAGAAAUUCGUAGGCUUCAUGAUUUCAACAGGGAUUUGAGAGAACGUAUGGAGACAGCUAACAAGCAGCUUGCUGAGAAGGAAUUUGAGGGAUCUGAGGACAAUCGGAAAACCAUCUCUCAGCUCUUUGCACAAAAUAAAGAAACACAGAGGGAGAAGGAGAAACUGGAGAUAGAACUAGCUGCUGCACGCUCCAACAAUGAGGAUCAGCGAAGGCACAUUGAGAUCCGUGAUCAGGCCUUAAACAACGCUCAGGCCAAGGUGGUGAAACUGGAGGAAGAGCUGAAAAAGAAGCAGGUUUAUGUCGAGAAGGUGGAGAAGAUGCAGCAGGCAUUGGUUCAGCUGCAGGCAGCUUGUGAGAAGCGAGAACAGUUGGAGCACCGGCUCCGAACUCGCCUGGAGAGAGAACUGGAGUCUCUCCGGAUGCAGCAGCGUCAAGGUACAUCUCAGACUGCUAGUGCCUCGGAGUACAGCGCCACAGCACUUAUGGAACUCCUGCGGGAGAAGGAGGAGAGAAUUCUUGCCCUGGAAGCUGACAUGACUAAAUGGGAACAGAAGUACCUAGAGGAGAGCGUGAUGAGACAAUUUGCUUUGGAUGCUGCAGCUACAGUGGCUGCUCAGAGGGACACAACUGUGAUCAGCCACUCGCCUAAUGCUAGCUAUGACACCUCCUUGGAAGCUCGCAUUCAGAAGGAAGAAGAGGAGAUCCUGAUGGCCAAUAGGCGGUGUCUUGACAUGGAGGGCAGGAUAAAGACUCUCCAUGCUCAGAUCAUUGAAAAGGAUGCCAUGAUUAAAGUCCUCCAGCAGCGCUCCCGGAAAGAGACCAGUAAGACAGAUCAGCUGUCUUCAAUGAGACCAGCUAAGUCCCUGAUGUCAAUUUCUAAUGCUGGAUCAGGCUUGCUGUCCCACUCUUCAACCCUGAGCAGCACUCCAAUAUUGGAAGAGAAGAGGGAAGACAAAAGCUGGAAGGGCAGUUUAGGUGUUCUGCUGGGUCCAGAAUGUCGCUCGGAAUCCAUUCCUUCAACUCCCUCACCGGUCCUUCCCUCCACCCCGCUGCUGUCUGCACACUCGAAAACAGGCAGCCGAGACUGCAGCACGCAGACAGAUAGGGGAAGUGAACAAAAUAAAGCUGCUUCCUCUGCUAUGGCCCUUGUACCAGGGCGACUCCCCACUACCAGUGUGCCCUACAAUUCAGACAAAACAGAUGGGCCAGUUUUCCACUCCAGCACUUUGGAAAGAAAACCGCCUGUUCACAGCUUGGGGCAGGACCUCACUGAUGCAGAAAUGGUGGAAUACCUCAUCUGAAAGGCUGAACUUGUAUCAAAGCUGGGACACAAUAGCAAGAAUUUUUUUUAAAAAGACAUUUUUAUUGGAAAAAAUAUAGUACCUGAGUAAUAAAGGAACACUCAGCUCUUCGCUCUUGUAUAUUAGGUCUCAAAAAUGUGGACAGGUUAAUUUAUGAUUUGUUCUAAAUUAUAAAAUACUUGUUCUUUGAAAGCGGUUUCCUCCUCUCUCUUCCUCCUCAAGCUUGUUAUUAAUACUGGAUCUGGUAAUGUCUGGAUAAAACCAAGGUCGUAAAUGCACUAAAUUCUAUUUUUAAUUUCAGUAUUUUUAAAACCUUGUAUUUUAAAAAAAUUAGUACUUACUUUCACAGCAGUCGGUUAACUUCAUUUGAACAUUGCCAAGAUGGGCGUAAUGACUCUGCAAAUUUAUUGAGCACCAGGUCACACAAUGACCACGUAACAUCACAACUAGAUUGGGGUGCUUUGUUCCUAAAUGUCACUGAAGGCUCCAGAGUACAGGUAUUCUGAGUAGCUUUGUAAAAUUUGUAGGAGAUGAUCAAGGGAGCUUUUUUCUCUGUUACCCUCAGUAGUAUGAAGUCAACAUGGAUAUCCAGUAUUCCAGGGCUGGAAUGAUUUCAAUCUUCACAAUGUGGUCGUGCACUUUUUUGUUUUUUUUGUACUCUGUCGCAGUCACAUUGUUUUUAAUAGCUCCAGAGAUUGUGAUGUUUGUCAUUUUCAGCAGUGUCAGAGGGUCCCCAGUACUUUUAUACAUAUAUAAUUUUGAGUAAUUUAUACAGUAGAUAAUAAAAUAAUAUAUUGCGUUCAGGUUUUAAGUUAAUAAAUAUGAAGAAACUGUGGGCCUAAUCCUGAUCUCAAUAACAUCUGUUUUUCACCAUUGUAGCUCCACUGUCUUCAGUGAAAUUACUCUGAAUUUCCACCAGUGUAGGUGUUCAGCCCUGUAGUAUUUGAAUAUUAGCAACUUGAUCUGCUGCAUUAGACCUUGACAGAGAAUUAUUUUUGGUAUAUUUCCCUCUAUUUCAAAUCUCUUUCUAGUUUGUAUGUCCCUCAUUCCAUGAAGUAAGGGAUUCUCUGUUCAUAUAGCAAGUGUCCAAGUUAGUACCUUACACAAGGUAAAGGGUACAGUUGGUUAUUGUCCAAAGUUUCAAGUGGCAAAUUCUGUGUCCUUCCAAAAUAUUUCCCUCUUCUAACUGGAGAGAGCAGCAUUUCUAUGUUUUAAAGUAUUUAAGGGAGUAAGUUUCACAUCUGUUCAUAGUCAGUUUCACUUUCAGGUUUUUAGGAACUAGCCCAAAUGCUGCAGUGCUUGAGUUGCAAAUCCUGCAGGGGAUGUUCAGACGCAUUUUAAAAAAGGCUUGUUUUGAGUUUUUUUUUCUUUUUAAUUUUAUGAAAACACUUGUAUUAAUAUUAGUUUGUUUUAAAACACUUGGUUUACUUAAAUUUGAUGCCUUUACCAGACAGUGCUGCUAAAGCAUCUCAGCUGAUCCCAAAAUUCCACUACAGCAUUGUAACAACCAAAACUUGCCAUGGAGUGAGGUAGCUUCAUGUUAAAGCACCAAGCCUUAUCCUGCAACUGGGCUUAGUACCCUUAACUCCCACUGAGUAGAAAGCACUUGGCAUCUUAGUGCAUUAGGCCCUAAACUGCAAUGGGCGUAGGAAGGCUGCAGCACUAUCACCUAUUGGUACUAUGUCUUCUAGCCUCUGGCUUAUCAGCUUUUAAAAGGGUCAAAGUAAUUGGCCUUAACAGAUCAGUGGAAGCAGCCUGGAUUUUACAGGGGAGAAGAAAACCCAGAAAGAUGUCCCCCAUUAGUAGGCCUCAGAUACCUUUCUUGAUCUUCCUCCUGUCCCAAAAUUAACACUGUAAUGCCUGAAUAUCAGCUCAGAGUGAGAUUAUACUUUACUCGAAGCAAUCAUUUAGCGGAAUGGAUCAUGCUUUACUCUUGAAAGUCAGUUCCUCUUGGUCCUGGUGGGUUUACUGCUUGCUAAUUUUAAUCAUUGAGAAGUCUUAGAACCAUAAAAGUUAGAGAUGGCAAAGUAUGUUGGUAAGAGAUGGCCCCAGUGCAAAUACCGUGACUUUGCCACUGACCUCUUUCUCUAACAGCCUGAAUCCACCCCCCAAACUGGACACCCACAAUGUGUGGGAUAAUUCAGAGCUGUAUUUUAAGAGUUGGCCCAUCUCUACCACAUAGGUCCUCGUCUUUCCUCUUGGCCUCUGCAGAAUUGUUCCUUAACAUUCAUUCUGUUAUAUUUUGUCCAGGCAAGUGUUCUACCCCUUUCCAUGGGGAUACCCAUCAGAGCCUCAUAGUUCUCACUGUUAGAAAUAGCUAAUGUUCUCUUUUGCUUAAUUUCAUUCCAUGACAUCAAGUAAUGCCUACCCUGGAUGAUUAUAAAUAAUGCCUCUCCUCCUUUGUAGUCACUGGAAGCAUUGUGUGACCGUAUCUGUAUUCCUGCCAUAGGAUUGUUGCCGUUGUGCAUUUUGUGGGCUGGGUUUAAUACAGUGAACAGCUAGGGAGAUUGAGAACAUAGCUGUGAGAGAGAUUCAGUGUGAGAAGUGUAAGUCUUUUUGUUAGUCUUUCAAAGUUUGGAAAAACUGUACCUUCUUGAGUGCUACUCAGAGGCAGGUAAGGAAUGUUACAUCCUGUGCCCAUUAGUCCAUUCUAACUCAAUUGACCUGCAUUGGUACUAAAAUGUAUGGAUCAAUUAUGCACAUAUAUCUGAUUGGGUAAACUCCAGUUUGCCUAGGUCCGUGUGUGUUGAUGAUUAGGAUGGACCAGUCAUCACUGGUUGUUUGUCCUCCCCCAACUCAUUCCUUAUAACAAAAUUCCAUUGUAAUUAUUCUAAUGAAGAAAAGAAAUAGGGGGUUACGUUUUCUGAAUGAAACACAAAAGUUGCACGGCAAUGGUUUCCUCCUGAGAAUGCAGGCUAGAAGUCUCAAGUAAUGCAAAACUUCAGUAUUACAUGGUGACUUUGGCAGUUCUGUGCAAAUGUGAAUGAGUUUGGAAGGAAACAUUUCCCACAGCUUCACAUUGCUUUAGUUAAUUUCCCUGCUUUCUAGCAUUGAUAUAAUGAGUUAAGUUUUUUUAUUAGUCAGCCAUUUAAAAAAGGAAGCAAGCAAAAAGAAAGUUGUAGUAUUCUUGUGUGAUCUGGAGAUCUGAGGUCCUUUUGCUGGGCUGACAAACUAGGAGCCAUCAGGAAUAUGUGCUUUCCCCUAAGCCUUCCCUGAGUGAUCCUGAUGUGAAUCUAAAUACGCUGCUUUCUUUGGGGGAGACGUGUAAUAUAGUUUUCAGUCUUUUGCUGUACAGAUUUUUCAGAUUUGUUUUUAAACAGAAGCUACUUAAAGAAGUCAAACUGCACACCUGGUCCUUUUCUUUCUGUAGACUACUUUCUACUGAAGUAAGAUUGUAAUUCAAAGUAAUUGCAAUGACCUUAAAUCUUAAACCAAACUUUAGACUAAGAGUUUGUCUUAAACUCGGGUAUUAGAAGCAGAGUUGCAGCUUUUAUAAGGAAAACCUCAUAUUCCUCUUUGUAGAGCAGAACAAGCAUACAUUUUUCAUCUCUUUCUCUUCCCCUUAAAUGCUCACGUAGUGUCCAAUUCCACAAAUGCUUUCCAUGGGGAACUCCCUUGAGAUUUGAUGGCCCAGGGGACUGAGUAAUAGGAGACAGAGACUUUCAUCACUAGAUGAUUGGUUCAAAUCUGGCCCCAUGUCACUAGUGACUUUAAAUAGCUCCCAUCUAACAGCUGUUUGUUGAUUAAAUGAGUUAGUGGGUUUUCCUAAGAGCUAUCCAUGUGGCUGGUUUGCAGGAUUCACCCAAAAGUUACCAAGAACUCUGCAUGCUCCAGGAGCCCAUUGCUCAGAUUAUGUGUUGCAAUAGUCUCUCUAGACAUUUGUCCAGUGAAUCCUAUUACUAGCAGCCACCAAAGAGACUGUUGUUUAUCUGGUCAUUACAAUGGUGGCAGUGUAACACUGCGCAUUUAGUAUGGACAGACUUUUUUUGGCCUUAUUUAAACACCCAUUAGGACUGGUGAGCGCCAGCACAGGAUUUACUGUAAUUCUCCACACCGUGUCGAAUGUGCCUGGGGGUUUUCUUUUCAUAUAUUCAUAUUGGAACUUUUUAAAAAGCUAGCAAUUUUAUGUCUAGAAAGUAAAAGACAGUAAAUAUAAUUGUACUAUUGUAUUUAUGAAGAAAAUACUUCUUUUCCUCCCCCCAAAAGAUCUUACUCUAGGGUGGUUUUAGUUUUUGAUUUCUAGUAAUGUUUCUUAGGCUUUCAGGAAAGCAUUGAAACCCAUCUUGUUUGCACUAUUGUGUAAAUGUAAAACAAGUGCUGAGCUAAGGAGUUUAGAUUAAAAUAACAGGCCCUUCCCUCUCCUAACUCAAGCAGAGCCUUUGGGGCUUUUGUUUUAGUUCUCAAAUGUUUAAAUAAGUUUUCAGUCACCUCCGCUUUCUGGCUGGGACCAAAAGCAGAACUGUUGAAAUAAAUCUUGGGUGACUUGUCCCUUGGGGUUCCACUCAACAUCCACAGGUCAACUCAAUACUGAUCAGAACCUUUAGAGGUUUGCCUCUCCAUAGAGUCAAUGGUAAAAUUCCCAUUGACAUCAGUGGCUCUGAGAGAGAUUCUCCAGGAUUCUAGUUCUCUAGUUCUCCAUUUAUAGACUAGUAAUUGUUAGAUGGGUUACCAUUUUAUACUCUCUUGGUUUUCCUUUCCCUGGAGUUGUGACCUACAGGGAAGAGCCAGAAGAAACUGACCAAUGUGCUGCUUAUCUUUAGGGUCCAAAAUAUCAAACCAUGAAUGGAAAUACGAUAAGUGUGCUAUUUAACAACCUUAGAAAAUGUAUCAAGAGAAUGGUCUUUUUUUUUUCUAUAUAAAUCUAUAUUAAAAUAAAUUGUGUGGAUUAUUUUUUUCCUUUUUGUUUAAACUGUCAAGCUGAUUUCAUAAUUGGGGAAUGAGCUGUUUUGUAACUCACUUGUUGAAAUAGCCCUAAAAUCUUUGAAGAAUGUGGCAGCUUUAGUUCUUUUUUAAAAAGUGUAAAUAUGCACUAAAUCUUUUGUAAAUGUCUGUAUUAUCAUGUCUGUAGUUACCCAUAAAAAUAUCUUCAAUGUGUUUUAAAAUGUG